CUUGUUGUAUCCACUGUGGAAUCUAAGGGGUUAAUCCUCUGCAUUAUGUAAAAAUGCUGUUUGAUCCUAAAUUCUCUGAUCCUCCCUUUCUUACAGUGCCCCCCCUCUUAUCUCCUGAUAAGACAUAUCAAGUGGAGACACUCUGCACAUGCUCAAUUUGGUGUCUAUUGCUAGACAGGUUUUUUUUGCUUAGGAGAGUGCAUGUGAUCAGCACAGGGCCAAUCAGCACUGCCCAGACAGAGAGGUCAGGGGUCCUGCAUCCUCCUAGAGCAGAAUAAAAACUCCUCCUACAAGCUUUAACCAGUACUCUGCUGGACACUGAUAGAAGUCACAAGACUGCUCUAACUGCUGAUGAGAAAAGGUAUUUA